UAUCGUCCGAUCUGCUGCCCGCGGUUGCAGCGGGACGGGGUGUACCGGUGGUUUUCGGAGCUGCCCUCGCCUCAGAGAGUGGAGUUUUUGUGCGGCCUGCUGGAUCUGUGCAUCCCGCUGGAGCUGCGUUUCCUGGGAGCCUGUUUGGAAGAUCUGGCUCGGAAGGAUUAUCAUUCGUUGAGAGAUUCCGAGAUCAAAGCCAACAACCCCGCCGAUCUGGGCAGCCUCACCAACCUGACGGACGAGGUGGUGCGCAGCAAACUGCUGGUUUCUCUUGCCUUGCUGGGUUCUGCCCACCGCGAGGCCGCCGGGGUCCUUUUCCGGACCCUCACCCACAUCGAUUCCGUCAUCAACAACUACGGGCUGCAGCUGAACGAGGGCCGCACCGGGGAUGAAUUCCUGUUGCUUUUCACCAUGGCGUCCAACCACCCCGCUUUCAGCUUCCACCAGAAGCAGGUGUUGAGGCAGGAGCUCACCCAGAUCCAGAACAUCAUGGCCAGCACCAGCAAGAAUCCCAGCAGCUCUGCCCUCAACUCCAUGGCGACCUAUCCUGGCUGCCAUAAGGUCACUGCAAGGUCCGAGACCCCCAUAAACAGUGUCAGUAACAGUUUGGAAAAUGUCCUACAUACAUCAACACAUUCCAUUGAGGAGUCAUUACCCAAGAGGCCUUCAGGGAAACACUCCAAAGGUGUGUCCUUUUCUGCAUGCCUACUUCCAGUGGGGGAAAGAACACUUGUAUCUCUGCGGCGAUUGGCAUGACUUUAAUCCGUUGGAGACUGGAGAUGUGCUACUUCAGUUCAGGGUUGGGAUGAGCACAGGAAGUCGUAGAGGGGCUUUCUUUUAGGAAGUAGUAUUUUAUCAGUGAAGUGUGGUCAGCAAGAGAUAAGUAUGGUCGUUCUGCUGGGGAAGUGAGAAUGUUUUCUAGGGAUUGAAAGACCCACAGAGCUCUCACCAAAUGUACUAGUGAGUGAAUCUGAUACUCUACCUCUCAUUCUCAUAAUAGAGAUGAUGUAGAUUCGUCACCUCAAUGUUCAGAAACAUCAUAGAGAUUCAUAUCAUUCAAGAUUUGUAUCUUGAAUGAAGUAUAUGGUGAUGAGUGUUACUUCACUGAGGAGAACACAUCUAUAACAGCAGCUGGGCUGCUGCUUGCUUCCACUUUCAUUUCCCAAGAACUCUUAAGAAACAGGUGGAAGAAGAGGGGAGCAUAGGAGGAGGAGUUGCAACCUUCUUAGCACUUGAACACCUUAGCUCCAACCUCAAAACACCAAAUAUUGCUCCAAAACAAGUGUUAUUGUGUGCUGACCUGGCUAAAAACUGGGCUUGAUGAAUUGCAAUUAAUGUUUUCAGUUUGCACACUCAGGGCUGUGGUUAUAAGUACUAAAACAUCUAGGUUAAAGUGUGACUGAGAGUAUUCUUGUUUAAUGUACACAAAAGGCACUGUUAAGUGAGGAAGACCUUUGAACCACGAGCUGCUGUUCACGUAGAACAGCUUUUGUGAACUCUUUAUGGGGUUCUUAAAUAUAGUUUAGUACAACAUAAGUUGAGAUCAAGGGUUUCCAAGCAAGUCCUUCACUCUGUGUGGAAGGAAAGGAUCUGGUGCAACCUAGAAGUAGUUAACCAUCCCCAGGAGCUGUUAGUUUGCCUCCACUGACCCUCCUUUUCUGUGACAUACUCAACUAUAAUCCCAAUAGCUGUAAGUAGCAAUCAUUUCGUACAGCAGAAUUGUGCUGUAAGUAGCUGUUUCUCCAGCUGUAAAAGCUAUCAGGAUAGGAAAAAAAAAUGCAGCACUAAGCAGAAGCAUGGCUAGGUUCGUGGCUUUCAUCUGAUAUAAAUAGGCCAGGGUUCAACGCUGCUUUCGUUUGUUCCUGGUGAUUGCUGUUCCAGUGCCAUAUAUGCCAAGAUUAGUCAUGGUACACUGUGAAAAUUGUCUUCCUCUGAUCUGUUCUUCCUUAUAGGAUACCUGCUUCGUUUUCAGGGAGCAGAGCUUUUUAAUUUAGAGCUUUCCUUACAGGUAGUUGGUGAAAGGAGCUGUGGGACAAAUACAGUUGGUUUUUUAUUAACUGAUAGUCUGCUUUGUGGUUCACCAGCAGCAAAAAUCACCUUGAGUUCUCCUUUCUCUGUGAUACCUUGUAUGGGAGGGAGUUCUUCCUUCUAAGGUUGGAGUACAAUUGGUUAUUGGCCAGCCUUGGACCAAUACCACACUGCAUAUUUCUGUCUCCCUUAGCAAACACUCCUCUCUUCAUCCAGGAAGAUCUGCUAACUUUUUAAUGCAGAGUGCAUGAAAUUCGGUUUCAGGAGCAGAGGGUGGAUGAGUUGCUUGACCCAUUGCCUAAUUCUUGUCUGACACAAGACUUGCUAGAGAAAAUCAGCACAUCUUGAGAGGACGACUUCUUGUUUGUGGUCAGAAGUAUUGAGCUGCCCAAGUCUGCAUGUUUCCCUUGGCAAAAGACUGGAGCUGGAAGGGCCUCAGUUCAAAAAGGCUGUAGCUGCAAUGGAAGAAAAAUGAGAGGUCUCACUGAAGAUGUGGGACCCAUUGUGUUUAGUUGGAUUAGAGGCAGUGUGUAUUAAUCUGAUGAGCAUUUUACUUCUGACUUGUAGAAAUGUCAGUAGCAGUGCAUGAUGUGUGGUGGAAACUGGCUGGAUUUGUAGUGGGCUGGGCUAUGAGAGCUCUUUGUGGCUGUAUUUCCCCUAAUCCACAGCUUGGAACGACCUGUUAUCUUCAAAUAUUUCGUGUUUUGGUAUGAGAGAGAGCUGAAAAGAGUCGAAUUCAUAUUCCAGUGAGCUGUUGUAGGCCUGUAUGCAAGUUUAGGAAAAAUGCAGAUGGCUUUUGGCAUGCAGAUCUCUUAGGAAGUCCAAUGGCUGUAACAUGCAGAAAUAAAACUGUGCUUUUCUUACUCUUGCUUUUGUCAGUUAUUUCAGAUCUGUUUUCACAGACGUGGAGGCUGUCUUAAAUGGAGGCAACUUUGGGAAGUUGAUCCUGCCCUCUCAGGGGCAGUUAUGCUUGCAGGGAGACUGACUCACAGGCUUCAAGGUAUUGACAGAUCUCACUGGUGAAGGAGAAGGGAGACAAACAGGCCAGAUUCUUGUGCUCUGUGUAACUGAAAUUUCAGCAGGGAUGUGCUACUAGAUGUUGGUUUCUUUUCUGCUGUUUCUAGAGUGCGGCAUGAUUUUUAAUAUGCCUUUAGCACCGAUCCAAACAAAGCAAUCCAAUUCAAAUGCAAGUUGAGCUUUUUUCAGCUUGCUAGCUGAGUAGUGCUGUGCUGUCCUUCCUCCUCGUGUUGCUCUGGGCUUUUUUCUACUAGAAAAAGAAUUGAAGCACUGCAAAUAUAAUUGCAGUAGGUGUCAAUGUCUGGUUGAUUCCAAUUUCAGAGGUGCAAUUUUGUGCUUGGAAUGGCAUGCCUGGUAGGGAAAUACUUCCAGCAGCAGCGUGGGGAUGGUUCCUGCUAUAGGCAGGUCUGCGUGUGUGAGCACAGUGCCUGUGCAGGAAGCAAUCUCACUUGGAGGAGUUCUGAUGAAGGUACCAAAACUUGGUUUAAGAAGCUCACUGGUUAAAUACAAUAUAUUAACCAGCAGCUGUUGUUUUGCAGCCAAUCCUGCUAUGGUAGCUUAGGGAAUUUCAGUCCUUAUGCCAAAGUCCUGUUUGACCUAUGGGAAGUCCCAUUCACAAAGCUAAUUAGUAACGAGCUGACGAAGCUUGAGUUGCUCUGGCUUUCUGUGGCCAUUCCCACAAGAGAGUAGUUACUGUAAUCAAAUCUGAAUGGAAAAUUCAACUCAGGAAAAAAAAACCAAAACAGCCAGCAGACACAAGAUAGUGAUUUCCUGUACACCAGAGAUGUUAUUAAUUACUUACUGUAACGUAAGGAGGAUGUUGGCCGUUGUAUGGAUAGCAGUGUAGGCAAGCAGUACUUGGUGCAUGUGACAUUUCAGCCAUGUAUUAAACGUGGUCAGUGACCACAGCAUAUUUUCCAAAAGCACAGUGGAAUAAAGUACGUUAUGCCAGAACAAAAGAAUCUUUAUAAUAAGGCAAUGGAGACUGCAAAUCGUUACGGUAUGAUGACUGCUAUCUAAGGAUGCAGUUUCUCCUUACACUCGGUGAAAUUUUGGUUGGUCACAACCUGUUCUAAAUUUUCUGCAGUGAAAGUUCAGUGUUGGUGUCUGUAAGAUGCUCGUUACUAUUAUGAGGCUUUGCAGGUGGCAGUUAGCACUGUUUUCUUCCACAAAGCAGUCUGGAAGAUGGUCCAACUUCCUGCAAAGUGACAAAAAUUCCCCCAGCCUUGCUUCCUGUGUACUUAAAUCAUCUUUCCUUUCUGCUAUUGCUGCACAAAAAAACCUCAGAGCUGCCUCCAAGCCGGGCUGUUUUCAGAUGAAGCAACUGUUGAAAUGUGAUCCUCGUGCAGGGAAGCUGAAUCAAAAUUCCUGCAACACAUGCAUCUAAUGAUAGGCACAAACUGUCUUCUGUGGACAGAGGAACAGAGCUUUUAGAUGUCAGAUGAGUACAGUAGGCCUCGUUCCACCAUCUGUACUCCAUUUAGGAGUUCUGCUGAGCACUGUAAAAAAAAAAAAACAAA